AUGACGUGGCUGUGGUUCUCAUUGUGCAGCCUGGCGGUGCGCCUCUUCUGUGCUCCCUUCUUAUUGACGCAGUUGCAUGUAAGCUCGGUGAGCCGCGCCUGUUGCCGAGGGCCGCAUGAUCCAAGACGCACUGCCGGAUCAGCGGCGCUUCAGACUUCCUUGUUGUCGGGAGUUCCGGGCAUCCUACUCAAGAACUGGCUGUACUGCUUGUCGAACCACGUGGCCGCCUCCGUCGUGUGCCGCUUUGCGUGCGUGCAUAAGGGGAGGAAUGUGAGGCGGGGGAGUGCGGGUUGCAAGGGGAGCAGUCACCGUGACUGCACACUGGAGAGACGAGUGAGCUGUUCUUUACGAGGAAGUUGGCUUAUUUCUUCCUCGGGGCGGAAGGCUCUGCCCCCAACAGUAAUUCUACGCAACGAGAAGGCACGAGGCCCUUCGCAGCCGCGGCACGACGUCGAUGCUCGUGGCAGGCACCUCUUUACUUUAAAUUAUUUAUAG